AUGUGGACAUUGGACUACCCGGUCUGCUGUCUCCCAGUCUACUUCACAGACUACCCGGUCUACUGUCUCCCUGUCUACUUCACAGACUACCCGGUCUACUGUCUCCCUAUCUACUUCGCAGACUACCCGGUCUACUGCCUCCCUAUCUACUUCACAGACUACCCGGUCUACUGUUAUAUUCAUUUCUGUUUACCGGGCGUCCAGCCCGACUACCCGGUCCACUGUCUCCCUAACUACUUCACAGACUACCCGGUCUACUGUCUCCCUAUCUGCUUCACAGACUACCCGGUCUACUGUCUCCCUAUCUGCUUCACAGACUACCCGCUCAGAGAAGAUAUCACGUCAUCAGAACUUUCCGCUACUGCUGGAGUGGCCAAAUGCCUCUCCCAACUUGAUGCGAAGGAAUUAUCAGGGACAUCUCAAUCAGAAGAUGAUCACUUCCAGGUUUUGGUAACGUCAAGACCAAAGUUCAUGCGCUGCAAUGCUCUCCCUGGGGGCUCUCUGGAUCAGCAGGCUGACUUCACUACUAGAAAAAACUCAAGUAUUGUAUUUUCAAAUGGUCACACUUGGUUGCAGCAAAGGCGGUUGAGUGUUCUUACUAUGAGGAAGUUAGGCCUGGGGAAAACAGGCCUGGAAUCUCAAAUACAAACCGAGGUUGAGAGAUUUUUGGAGGAUCUUAGAAGUAAAAAAGGACAGCCAUUUGACCCAUCAAAGUACCUUAUACACUUUGUUGGCAAUGUGAUCUCUGCUUUAGUUUUUGGACAUGGUUUUUCCACUGAAGAUAACGAGGCUCUGGAAUUGCUUGAAACCAUGGACGUUAUUUCAAAUUUUUUAAUGACUUCCUCCCAUAUCAUUUAUGAAAUAUUUCCAUUUAUCAUGAAAUAUCUCCCAGGGCCUCAGCAGAAAGUCUUGUCUGCUGUGGAGCGUGUACUUGCUAUUAUAAAGAAGAAGAUCACAUACCACAAGGAAUACCAGAAUCUGCAUGAACCACAGGAUUUCAUUGAUUAUUAUUUGUUUCAAAUGGAGAAAAGCAAGGAUGAUCCAAAUUCUACUUAUGACGAAGACAACUUGCUACAUUGCGCUGGUGACCUCUUUAUUACUGGGACAGACACAACUAGUAGUACUCUGCAAUGGGCAUUGCUACUUAUGGCAACUCAUCUGGAUAUCCAAGACAAGGUCUACAAGGAGAUAGAAAACGUUUUGGAGCCAUCUCACUCCAUCUGUUAUGGAGAUCGGAAGAAUCUGCCUUACACCAAUGCUGUGAUUCAUGAGAUUAUACGAAGGAAAUUCGUCACAUACGCUGGAGUACCAAGAAAAUGUGUGAAGGAUUUUUACUUCAAUGGGUUUCUCAUUCCCAAGGGAGCUACGAUUUUACCAGACCUGCGCUCUGUUCUUUUUGAUCCUGAAGAAUGGGAGACACCUGAGAAAUUCAACCCCAACCAUUUUCUGGACAAAGAUGGACAUUUUGUCAGAAAAGAAGCAUUUAUGCCCUUUGGAGCAGGUGUUCGGAGCUGCUUGGGAGAACUCUUUGCAAGGAUUCAGAUUUUCAUUAUAUUCACCAGCCUACUGAGGGCAUUUAGAUUGCAACCCCCAGAAGGAGUGGAGAAACUCAGUGACAAACCAGUAAAUAGAGUAAUUAAUCAUCCCUCUCCUUUUAAGAUCUGCGCUGUUCCUCGCUCUGGAACACCAUAG